AGAGAGAGAGGAUGUGUGAAAGUGAAAACAACAAGGAAAUGAAAUGCAGUCAGAAGAGUUUGCUACUCGUUUGUGUCUCUCUCUCUCUCUCUCUCUCUCUCUCUCUAUUUCUCUCACUUUCUCUCUUUCUCUCUCUGUUUGUCUUUCUCUCUCUUUGUCUCUCUCUCUCUCUCUCUCUCUCUGUCACUCUCUGUCUUUCUCCCACGCUGUAUCAGAUUCAGGCUCUACACUGUGUAGUGUGUGUGCGUGUGUGUUUUUCUAUCCUUCCCCUUUGACUGUGUGUGUGUGUGUGAGUGUGUGUAGGCGGGUGUGUGUGAGGACUCAGACCCUCUCCUCUGUGAAAACCAUGGAUGGAUUGCGUCUACCACCACUUAUAGAGGAAGUGCUGGACUCCACAGAGGAGAGCAGCGAUCUGAAGACAGGUGAGGACACGAUGGACGACAAGACGAUGGAGAAGGAGUGUGAGAAAGCAGAGAUGGAGGGAGGAGAGAAGGAGAAGGAGCAGAAGGAGCAGAAGAGCGAGGAGGAGGAGCUGGAGGAGCUCAGAGCUCAGAUACUGCACCUGCUGCUGGAGCUGGAGGAGGCGCGAGACGCGUCACAGAAACACGAGGAGAACAGCACAGAGCUGCAGGGUCUUCUGGAGGAAGAACGCCUAGCGAGCGCGCACCAGGCCGAGGCCUUCACCCGACAAAUCCAGCGUCUACAGGCCCAGCUGUGUUCAGUCCAGCAGAAGAUGGAGGGAGUGGAGCAGCAGAAGGUGGAGCUGCAGGAGGAGGUGCUGACGCUCCAUCAGGCAGUGGAGGAGUACGAGCUCGAGGCCGUCACUCUGAGAGCUGAGAUCGCAAUGAAGAGUCAGAGGAGAGAUGAAGAGAGGAGGAGAGAGGGUGAUGUGGAACAGCUGAAGGAGGAGUUUGCCAGUCUGAAGUUGGAGUGUGAGACCCUGAAGGAGGCCAACAGUAAACUGACAGAGAGACUGCACAUGCUGCAGAGGACAAGUUCAGGUGGUGUGGAACGUGAAGAGAAGGAGGAUGGAGGGAUUCAGAUGAAUGUAAUUGGGGGAACAGGUUCCACCUGCAGAUUUGUGGACGUUUGUAUUCAGAAGAAUAUUUCCCUUGAUGGAAAGCCUCUCACGCCCACCAGUUUGAGCUCAGGGUUCUCAGAGACUCUCUCCCUGAGAGAGCAGCUCAAACAAGCUGAGGAGAGAGCAGAACAACUGCAGAGGCAGUGUGAUGGUGUGCGGACUGAGCUGAGGGAGCUACAGACCCUGUUUGAGACCAGUCAGAAGGAGCGGUCUGAGCUGGAGCUGGAGCUACUGCGCUGUAGAGAGGAGCUAGAGAAACUCACAGAGGAGAGACAGUUCUGCACUGAGUCUGCUGUUCUUUCACUGCCUUUCUUAGGAAUGAUCGUCAUCAUGGCAGUUCUGUGGUGCUGGUGGUCCGAGCUCGCGUCCUGAACAGCAGCAGGGAGUUAAAAUGGAGUCAGUGGAUGUCAGAGCGGGAAGAAUAGAGGCGUCGAUCUCUUUAUAAUCGUUUAAUUUUGGACCUUUUGACCCACAGACAGCUGAUCAUUUGACCUUUUGACCUUCUCCAUGACAACAGGGCUCUUUGGGCUUUGGGCUCUUUGACUCUUUAUUGAAGAAAAGAACAAAAUGUGACUAUUAUUAUUAUUAUUAUUAUUAUUAUUAUUAUUAUUAUUAUUGCAACUUCUUUAAACAUUUUGUACAAAAGUUCUUUACUAACAGAUUUAUAUAAGGCUUGGAAUCUAAUUUAUAAUAUCAGCUUUAUGUUUUGUGAAGACGUUAAUUUAUUCAGCUAUUUAUCUUAAGUGUUGUUGUGUAAAUUAAUCUGUUAUAUAGUGCAAUGUGUUUUUUAGUUAUUUAGUUUAGCAUUAGCUAGCGUUCCUGGGUAUCGUCACUUUAAGGCUUCGUCUCAAACACUAGAACACAGACAGGCUCUAACAUUUAUACAGCAGUGUGUGUUACCCAUAAUGCACAAGAAGUGGCGAGCGCUCGCAAGCAGGAAGUAGGAAACAGGAAGUAGACACCAAGCCUCAGUAAUGAUGAGCUCAUGAACACAGAAGCAGCUUCUAAUGACGUCUGAAAAAGAAAAUACUGUCGUCAUGUAGUUUUGUAAAAAAAACAAAACAAAACAAAAAAAGGCAGAUCUUUAAGCGUGUGUGUGUGUGUGUGUGUGUGUGUGUGUGUGUGUGUGUGUGUGUGUGUGCGUAGUCUGAAUUGUGUAAAAAAAAUACACUUUAUAUAAUAACGAUAAACUCACAUCAGUAGUUUAUAUUAUAGACUCAGACAGGGUUUAUUACUGAUCGAUUAUAACACACACACACACACACACACACACACACGGACCAUCAGAAGUGUGUGUUGAUUGUUUUCCUCUAACAGCACGUCCCUGAGUGUUUUAUUCCUCUUACACCACAAGUUAAAUAAACAAGCCGUAAUAAAACAGGGGUCAGUGUGCUGUAUAUUCACAAAAAUGUACAUAGAAAAAAGAUACUAUAGUGCACUAUAAAUAAAAAUAAUAGUUUUAUAUAUUUUAAAAAAAUCUUUUAAUUACGACUUAAAGCCUGAAUCACUAUUACUGAUAUCCUUGCUAGAUUUGCACAUUAUAAGCAUUAAAUAUUAUUUAAAAUAUCAGGUUAUGAAAUGAUCGUGUUCUUAAAGUUAUUCAGGUGCAAAAAGUUUGACAAAUUGUGAUUUAAAAAAAAGAGAUUUAAAUUCAGUUUGUAAUAAAUUCCCAGGAUUCGAUUAAAUUGUUAAAGAGUUUACAUCUGAUUGUUAAAAUGACUUUAAAGCUACAGCGUGAUGUCGAAACACGUCUCAUUUCUAACUCACACGUCUUUAUAAAACGCAGAGGUUCAGUGAGAAGAUUCUGUACGUGAUCGUCUCCAGCAGCACAGAAAAACAUUCGCUAUAUGAUUAUUUCUGAUUUAUUAUCAGUAUUCUUCUCUUUAAAUAAACAAACUUGUAAUAAUGAGUGAAACAGUAUUUCGCUGUGGUAGGUUUAGAGACGGCGCUCUGCCUUUUUGUGCUGAGACUAAAACUCAGAUUUUAAUAUUUUGUGUUAUCUUUUGUGAAAUAUUGUUUGUGCUUUGCAUUUUAUAUUUUAAGAAUGUUUUAUUUAGUUUGUAUUACUCACAGUGGAACAUCUUACAGUGUAAUAAAUAUAGUUUCUAACAUGGUUAAUAUUUAUAGAUUUGUAUAUGAGAGUGUUUUCGCUGACGCAGUUGGAGCUGUACGGUGAUUUAGUCAGUGUUUGUGCGUUGUGUUGUGUGUUGUGCGUUGUGUAGACUGUAGUUGAAAAUAACACAAAAGAAAUCCAGCAGAAGAUUAAAGAAAAGCAAAAUAAAGCAAUAUUCCAGUUUGCACCAACAACACCAACAUGAAAACCUCGUCUCCUUUAUGCUUUUGUCUCUUUAUAAACGUUUGUCGUGUCAAUAAAUAAGAACAUUGUUGAUUUAGA